AUGACUUCCCAGGAUCGAAUCGACGUCAUCGUUGGAACGUCUAACUUUGGAUACCCAGACAACUUCUGGGGAAAUUCGGAGUCGCACAUUAUUCAGGCCUUUCAGUUGAUGAAGAAACAUGGCUCCAAGAAACUCGACACUGCGAAGGCCUAUUUUGGAUCAGAGGCAAAACUAGGCGCUAUGAAAGCUGGCACAGAUUUCGACUUGGACCUUGACACAAAGUGGUUGGGGGGUUACGACCGGGCUGAUGGCGCCAAUACCCGAUCUUACAUGCUUUCGUCGGCCAGACAAAGCAUUGAGACCCUCGCCAUCCCUCAAGUCGACGUGUUCUACCUGCACGCGCCUGUCCUCAACACCCCCCUAGAGGAGACUCUUGCCGGCAUCAACGACGCCUACAAGGCAGGCUUAUUCCGAAGGCUGGGGCUUUCCAACUACCCUCCCGCUGAGGUUCAGCGACUCUACGACGUAGCUAAAAACAACGGUUUUGUCCUUCCGACGGUAUACCACGGCAACUACUCCGCCGUAGCGCGAAAGCCCGAGGCAGACUUAUUUCCUGUUCUGCGAAAACUUGGAAUCUCUUUCGUCGCGUAUUCGCCGAUUGCCGGGGGCUUCCUCACCAAGACUAGAGAGCAAAUUGAGUCUGGUGGGACCAGGUUCAGCCCAGAUCAAAUGUUCGGCAUCUACCACAAGCUGUAUGUCAAAGAAAGCUAUUUAUCUGCACUUGAGGAGUGGGGGAAGAUUGCGGAGGAGGAGCAGAUCUCAAAGGCGGAAUUAGCGUACCGUUGGGUCGUUUACCACAGUAUCCUCCGGAAAGAGUAUAGCGAUAGCAUCGUGUUCAGUUCCAGCUCUUUAUCCCAGAUAGAGGAGACACUUUUAGCUUACAACAGAGGCCCUUUGUCUGUGAAGGCAGUAGAGGCGAUUAAGCAGAUAUAA